CCAGGACGGAAGUAAGGAAGGAAGAAUGGGCGGAAGAAGUCACGCUAACAUCGCGUCGCCGCUCCUGUGCGAGCUUUCACACUUUGGUUGGACGUGAAGAUGACUGACGACUGACUUACAACUUCGUGUCUUUUUUUUUUUUGGUUUUGUUUAUUUUACCGCCAAGAGUUGUUUAUCUCCACCGAGGAGCUCUGCGGUGACAAGCGGCUCUCAGCGGCUUCCUUACCCGGCGUCACAUAGGCGGAGCUCGGCUUUGAGAGUAAUUGUUCUCGCCUUUCUUCUUCUGGUGCUUGUUGUGACAAGUCGGGGCACCCACACACACACACACGCACACGCACACGCACACACGCGCACGCACACAAACACACGCGCACACGCACGCACGCGUUGGUGCUUCUUGGCGGAGGAACCUCUGGCGGGAUGUCAAGGAGCACAGAAGAGGUCCUCGUGUGAUCUCGACACGUUCAUGUAGACCACACACACACACACAGCAAAAACACACACAAUGGGUUUUGUGGACACGCGUGUCUCUUCGACGUGACACCGGACCCUUCAGGCCAGGACCGCAGUCCUGCUCGGUCCAAGCCCAGCUGGAAGCAUCGCCGAUGACAACAUGGAUGACUCGGGAAUAAUACGACGCCGGAGGCUGCAGAAGGAUUUGCCACUGCCCCGCAAAAGCAGCAGUUGUCGCACAAGCAACAGGAAAAGUCUGAUCCUGACCACCACCUCCCCCACUCUGCCUCGCCCACACUCCCCUCUGCCGCUCCCCGGACACCUUGGCAGCAGUCCAUUGGACAGCCCCAGGAACUUCUCCCCCAGCAACCCGGCUCACUUCUCCUUCGCCUCCUCCAGAAGAGCGGAUGGGCGGCGGUGGUCUUUAGCGUCGUUGCCCUCUUCAGGAUAUGGCACCAACACUCCCAGCUCAACAUCGUCCAGUUCCUCCCAGGAGCGUCUGCACCAGCUGCCCUUCCAGCCCACCAUGGACGAGCUCCACUUCCUGUCCAAGCACUUUGGCAGCACGGAGAGCAUCACCGACGAUGACGGCGGACGCUCCUCUCCGCACAUGCGCCCGCGCUCCCGCAGUCUCAGCCCUGGACGCUCCUCCUCGUGCUAUGAUAACGAGAUCGUCAUGAUGAACCACGUGUACAAGGAGCGCUUUCCAAAGGCCAGGGCACAGAUGGAGGGCAGGCUGGCCGACUUCAUCCAGGUGUACUCUCCUGAGAACGUUCUACCGCUGGCUGACGGAGUCCUCAGCUUCAUCCACCACCAGAUCGCCGAGCUCUCCCGAGACUGCUUGGCCAAGUCAUGCGAGGGACUCAUCACGUCCGUCUACUUUUUCGAGCUGCAGGAAAACCUGGAGAAGCUCCUUCAUGAUGCUUUUGAGCGCUCGGAAAACCCCGAGGUUGCUUUUGUCACGGAGUUGGUGAAGAAGCUUCUCAUCAUCAUCUCCCGACCUGCCAGGCUGCUGGAGUGCCUGGAGUUCAACCCCGAGGAGUUCUACCAUCUGUUGGAGGCAGCCGAGGAUGUUGCCAAAGAAGGUCACCUGAUGAAAACUGACAUCCCUCGGUACAUCGUCAGCCAGCUGGGACUCACCAGAGACCCCAUUGAAGAGCUAGUCAACCUGGAUAGUUACGACAGUGAAGGACCUCUCACACCUGAAACCGAUGACUCAACAGAGGGUAAGAUUAGAGCAAUGAAACCUCCUGGGGAAGAAGACUUUCAGACCAUCAAGCUUAUUAGCAAUGGAGCAUAUGGCGCUGUUUAUUUGGUCCGACACCUGGAGACACGGCAGCGUUUCGCCAUGAAGAAGAUUAACAAGCAAAACCUGAUCCUGAGGAACCAGAUCCAGCAGGCCUUUGUCGAGAGAGACAUCCUCACCUUUGCGGAGAACCCCUUUGUGGUUUCCAUGUUCUGCUCCUUUGAGACCCGCCGGCACCUGUGCAUGGUCAUGGAGUACGUGGAAGGAGGCGACUGUGCCACUUUGCUGAAGAACAUCGGAGCUCUGCCGGUGGAAAUGGCCCGCAUGUAUUUUGCAGAGACUGUCCUUGCACUGGAGUAUUUGCACAACUACGGCAUCGUGCACCGUGAUCUCAAACCUGACAACCUUCUGAUAACGUCCAUGGGCCACAUCAAGCUAACCGACUUCGGCCUGUCCAAAAUGGGUCUGAUGAGUCUGACCACCAACCUGUACGAAGGACACAUAGAGAAGGACACUCGUGAGUUCUUGGAUAAACAGGUGUGCGGAACGCCGGAAUACAUCGCUCCCGAAGUCAUCCUUCGCCAAGGUUACGGGAAGCCGGUGGACUGGUGGGCGAUGGGUAUCAUCCUGUACGAGUUCUUGGUGGGAUGUGUGCCGUUCUUCGGAGACACGCCGGAGGAGCUGUUCGGACAAGUCAUAACAGACGACAUCGUGUGGCCCCAAGGAGACGAGGCGCUCCCUCUGGACGCCCAGCAUCUCAUCUCCUGUCUUCUGCAGACCAAUCCACUUGUUCGACUGGGAACAGGCGGUGCUUUUGAGGUGAAGCAGCACUCCUUCUUCUCGGAGGUGGACUGGAACAGUUUGCUGAGACAAAAGGCCGAGUUCAUCCCUCACCUGGAGUCAGAGGAGGACACCAGUUAUUUUGACACCCGCUCCGAGCGCUACCAUCACGUGCACUCGUACGACGAGGACGACACCAAUGACGACGAGCCCGUGGAGCUCCAUCGCUUUUCCUCGUGCUCGCCACGCUUCAGCAAGGUGUACAGCAGCAUGGAGCAGCUGUCCCAGCCCCCGGGUGUCACCUUACGGGAGCACAAAGUCCCACGAGAGGAGAGGAUGGCCAAACGGGAAAGUCUGGGGAGUUUCACUCUCAGGGACAAGAGCUGGAGGACCGGCUCGCCGGAAAUGAAGCGUUUGUCCUGCUCUGAGACGUCCUUCACAGAGAGCGACUACAGUCCUCCCUCUGGAGCGCGAAGGCGCUUCUCCGCCCUCAUGGACACGCACCGCUUGGCCUCGCCCUUGGAGGUGGACCCAGAGCAGUCCACCUCCAAGGGCCAGCCCCAAGUCAAGGUGAGGGGCACAUCCUUGGAGGGAGCCAUGGUCUCUUCUCAAGGCGACCUGAGAACCUUCUUCAAAGACGGCAACGGCUUCACAGCAGGAGCCAGUGCUAUGGUUCUGGGGCUUCCAGAGCUCCAAGGGCCCCGGGGGGCCACCACAGACCUGGUGCUGAGGAGAGUACGCCACCAGCAACUCUCAGCAGAGGGGGAAAAACUGACCUCACGACCGGGAAACAAAGUCAUCAAGUCUGCCUCUGCGACCGCUUUAUCGGUCAUCAUCCCUGCAGUGGAGCAACACGGCGCCUCUCCUCUGGCGAGCCCCAUGUCUCCUCACUCCCUCUCGUCCAACCCUUCCUCGCGAGACUCCUCCCCCAGCCGAGACUACUGUCCCGUGGUCAACGUCCUGCACUCCCCCAUCACCAUCCAUCGCUCCGGAAAGAAGUACGGCUUCACCCUCCGGGCUAUCAGGGUCUACAUCGGAGACAGCGACGUCUACAGCGUCCAUCAUAUGGUCUGGCAUGUGGAGGACGGGGGCCCCGCCCAGGAGUCGGGACUUAGCGCAGGUGAUCUCAUCACCCAUGUAAAUGGAGAAUCGGUGCACGGUCUGGUCCAUACAGAAGUAGUGGAACUCAUCCUGAAGAGUGGAAACAAGGUGACCGUUACCACCACCCCCUUCGAGAACACCUCCAUAAGAGUCGGGCCUGCACGCAAGACCAGCUACAAAUGUAAAAUGGCUCGGCGCAGCAAGAGACCGGGAGCCAAAGAGGGUCCAGACAAGAAGCGCAGCUCCUUGUUCAGGAAGAUCACCAAGCAGUCUAACCUGCUGCACACCAGUCGCAGCCUGUCCUCCCUCAACCGCUCGCUGUCGUCCGGGGACAGUCUGCCAGGGUCCCCCACCCACGGCUUCUGUGCCCACUCGCCCACGCAGACUUACCGUUCCACGCUGGAGUCCCCGCACUUGGGCACUUCCUCCCAGAGCAGCUCGGCGGCAUCGAGCACGCCCAACUCCCCCGCCGCGUCCCACCACAUGAGGCCCAGCUCGCUGCACGGCCUAUCGCCGAAGCUCCACCGCCAGUACCGCUCGGCUCGCUGCAUAUCCACGGGCAACAUCCCCCUGUCGCCCCUGGCCCACACCCCCUCGCCCACCACCUCCUCGCCGCCGCCCCUGAGCGGCCACACGGUGGGCAGCUCCAACAACACGCAGACGUUCCCCGCCAAGCUGCACCCGUCGCCCCCCGUCGCCCGUCCCCGCCCCAAGAGCGCUGAGCCGCCAAGGUCGCCGCUGCUACAGCGGGUGCAGUCGGCGGAGAAGCUGGGCGCGCCCGCUGCGCCUCCCUCGUCCCCUCUGACGGGCGGGGUGUGCCUGCGCAAACACAGCCUGGAGGUGGCGCACGGCGACUACCGCAGGGAGUCCUUCCACCAAGAACACAGCCUGCAAAGUCUGCUGGAGAUGGAGGGCGAGAACGCACCUGCUCUUCCCUCCCCGUCGUCCUCCUCCUCGCCUUCUCCUCCUCUUGGAGGCCAGCCCAGCGCUCCCAAGCCAGUCCGAAGGCUCGGAAGGCAGGAGUCGCCCCUGAGCCGCGACAGGAUGGCCGAACCAGUGAAAGACACACAGACCCCAGCAUCGGAUCUUACUCCGGGUACGACGCCCCCUACCGUUUUCCCCGCCUCCGCCACGGAGAGCAAACAUGGCGAGGAAAUGUCAAACGGCACUCCACCAUCUGAGGCUACCAAGGGUAAGGUCUCUACUUCUAUAGCAUGCAGGAAGCUUGCUCAGACGGAAGGCGUCCCUUCGGACAAAUUCAAACAGGUGGCAGCCGCAGAGCCGCCCAAACCUCGCAGAGGCGCGGAGACGCUGGAUAAGAAAGUCAAAGGUCCCGCCCCGCCGAUCCCGACCCAAGUCCAGAGCGCGACCAAAGCAGAGCGAGUGCCAAAGAGCUACCGCGGCGUGAAGGAGGACCGGGCGCACCUGGAGGUCCUGGAGGAGAACCCCGCGUCGCCGUCCUCCAACGCGUCCUCGCCAUGUUCCGGCAAGCCCCGCGCCAUGUCGCCCGGGGAGCGCGGUGGCUUUGUCACCCAGCUCACCAGCGUGGCCAAAACGGUGCUGGCGCCCAUAAAAGGCGGGUCGCAGGAAGCUCCUCCAAGAGGCAAAGACAGGCCGCCGGCCGAGGAGAAGCGGGGGAGCUCGGGCGGGGCCGGACGCCGGGGGGCUCAGGCGGCGUCUGGCGGCGGCGCUCUCCAGGCGGAGAAAGGAAACAACCGGAGCUCAAAGCAUCACUCAUGAUAAAGGAGCGCUCUGCUGUCGCAACAUAUCAUGACUCAACAAACGUGCAGGAGAAAAAUAUCUACAAAAAAAGAGAAUAAUAAUAAGAUGCUUCAACUGCUGUGUGCACACUGGAGGUUCUGUUUUGGUCAAAUAUUUCAACACUACAGAAACAUGUCGUACAACACGGGUCUCAAACACACUUGGUGGCUCUCCACUUAACUUCAUAGUUUAAUUGUGGCCAUACAAUAUAUAUAUAUAUAUAUAUAUACACACACACACAUA